AUGGCCCGCCUCACCUUCGGCGACUUGGCUUUCCUCAUCCCUCUGCCCGCUGUUAACGAUGACCCCACAGCCAAUAAGCUGCAGACUAUUGCAGACGUCACCAGGUCAGGCGGACCCCCUGGUGUGGGUUCUGCCAACCACUGCAGCACGACCCAGAGGGCUCUGCAGAUUGCUCCCAUCGAGCUCGAGUGGGUCCAAGCAUGGAAGUCCAAGCUAUUGCAGAGGCAAGAGGUGUGA